AUGCUGCCUGAAACACCAGUCUGGUUCAUCACAGGCUGCUCGACCGGCAUCGGCGCAGCCUUCGCAGCCCAAGCCCACCAGCUCAACCACCCCGUCGUAGCAACAGCACGAAACCCAUCCACACUCUCCUACCUUCCCGACAACAACCCAUCCGUCCUAAAGCUUCAGCUCGACGUCACAUCAGACACCUCGAUCAAUGCCGCGUUACAAUCAGCAGUCGCACACUUCAAGCGGAUCGAUAUCCUCGUCAACAACGCAGGGUACAAUCGUCUCGGCGUGACAGAAGCGGUGCCUGAAUCCGAGGUUCGCGAUAUUAUGGAGACGGUGUUCUGGGGCGCUGCACGACUUACCACGCGUAUCCUCCCUAUCAUGCGAGAGACGAAUGCCCAGCAAGGCAGUAUCGGCGGCACAAUCAUUCAAAUCACAAGCAUGGGUGGGCGCGUCGUAUUUCCCGGAAACGCGGGAUAUCAUGCUGCGAAGCACGCUCUCGAGGCCUUCACCGAAACGAUAAGUCUGGAGGUUCAGCCGGAGUGGAACAUCAAGUUUCUUAUUGUUGAGCCGGGUGGAACGAAGACGCAGUUUGGUGCUGGGCUAGGUCAGGUCACGGGGCAUCCUGCGUAUAAUGAUGAGAAGAGCUUUAUGAGUCAAUUGUUUCAGUUCACCGCGUCUAGGGGGUUUGAUGACGGGUUUGCGAAGGCUGAGGAUGUUGUGCGGACGGUUUGGGGAGUUGUGAAGGGAGGGACCAUGCCGCUGAGGUUGCCAACUGGUGGUGAUGCGUGGAGUAGUAUCAAAGGUUAUGAAAGUAAGAAGAUGGAGGAGUUGGAGGAGUGGAAGGAAGUGAGCGAGGGCGUGGGCGGUAUAGUGUGGACUUGA